GAUUUGACGUCUCCAGUGACGUUUUGGUGGAGUUUUUGUUCUGGUGCGAGAUGCGAGAAUUUUCCUCAUUUUCCACUGUUCGGAAACCGUGUUUGGUUUAGUUUAGUCGGUCACCUCAUAUGAUUUACAUCGGAGAGUUUGUCCUUGUGUUAUCUCUACGGACAGUUGUGUGAUCGUUAUGAUAAUUUCCUCCAACUGUGUCUUCCUUCCGGGAAAGAAAAACGAGAGAGUGGGAUCUAUUCUGAGAGAAGCUCAUGCAAAAAUAAUUAAAACAGUUUUAGUGGUCACACAUUUUCUGACAAUUGUGCACUGAGGGAUUAGAACCAGAGGAAUUUCUGCAUUACAUCUCUUAAGAGGAUUCGACCAUCGUCCGGAAACAUUCCAAACUCCAUUGCGGAUUUUUAUCAAGCUGAAAUAGAGUGUGAUUUACCAUCUGGCGUGUAGCACCGAUCAUAAGCACGGAAACCACUGUGGGUGGAAAAAGAGUAUAGGACACGUCGCAAAAUACACAAAAGUGUUUUGAAUGCAUAAAGAUGUCGAGGUAACAGGAAGCAGAGAUUGGAUUUAUAUUGAAUUUAUAUCUCAUCCCAAAAAAGCUUCAAGAAGAAUGACAAGUGCAAAGCUGGUGGAAUUGUGUCGGGAUUAGUGUUGGGUGAUUGUGUGGGUGGGUAAAACGGCAAAGAGUUAUGUUGGUGAAGUAGGAAAAAAAAACAGAGAGACACGGAGACGGUUGAAAGAAAGGCAAGGAAAAAAAAGAGAAAAGUCCUGGCAUAAUCGUGGGUGUUAAACAAACGGAAAAGAAGGGGUACACAGCAAGUGUGAAUAUUUAAAUUUGAAUUUUGACACCAGUUUUGGGGGUGGACUUGAGCAGGGCCAGGAAACAGUGUUACGGGGUGAGAAAAGUCAGGAAAAAAAGCAUGAGAUUGGGUGUGAGGAAUCGACGGGCGGCCCUUUUUGGGGUAAUUUGCCUCCUUGCUGUUACAAUGGUCCUGUUUAAAUUCACCGAGCUUCGACCGACGUGCCUCUUUAAGGAUGAGCAAACGGCUCCAAUGAUGAUACGGGAUGAGAAAUUCGUUGUUGGAAUGGAUCAAAAGGUAUAUCCCUAUCACAGAAAUAUGCCAUUGAUUUUCAUCGGGGGUGUUCCACGUUCUGGUACAACACUCAUGCGAGCUAUGCUUGACGCUCAUCCGGAUGUACGAUGUGGUCAGGAGACAAGAGUAAUUCCCCGUAUCUUGCAAUUGAGAUCACAUUGGUUGAAGUCAGAGAAGGAGAGUGUACGAUUGCAAGAGGCUGGUAUCAGUAAGGAAGUGAUGAAUAGUGCAAUUGCUCAGUUUUGUUUGGAAAUAAUUGCCAAACAUGGUGAACCAGCAUCGAGAUUGUGCAACAAGGAUCCACUGACACUUAAAAUGGGAUCCUAUGUCAUUGAGCUUUUCCCUCAGGCAAAAUUCCUAUUUAUGGUACGAGAUGGACGUGCUACUGUGCAUUCCAUUAUAUCGAGAAAAGUGACAAUAACAGGAUUCGAUCUGACUAGCUAUCGGCAAUGUCUCACCAAAUGGAAUCAUGCCAUUGAAACCAUGCAUGAACAGUGCAGAGAAAUUGGCAGAGAUCGAUGUAUGAUGGUUUACUACGAGCAGUUAGUUUUACAUCCCGAAGAGUGGAUGAGAAAAAUCCUAAAAUUCCUCGAUGUUCCAUGGAAUGAAAGUGUUUUGCAUCAUGAGGAAUUUAUAAAUAAACCAAAUGGAGUCUCUCUUUCUAAGGUGGAGAGAUCAUCAGAUCAAGUGAUUAAGCCGGUAAAUUUGGAAGCCAUGAGCAAAUGGGUGGGCCACAUUCCUGAUGAUGUGGUCCGCGAUAUGGCCGAUAUAGCACCAAUGCUAUCAAUUCUCGGCUAUGAUCCCUAUGCCAAUCCUCCCGAUUAUGGUAAGCCAGACUCUUGGGUGAAGGAUAAUACGUCUAAAGUAAAGGCAAAUAAGAAGUUGUGGGAUAUCAGAGCGGAUCAACUUCUUAAUCGUAAUGAGGUGUAUGACAAAGAUGAGAAGGAGAAUAAUAAUUCGAAUUCAGACGAUACUGAGGCACAGGGAGAUCAGGGUGGUGCAGGUGGGAGUGAAACUGAAGCUGGGGGAGGCGAUGGCGUGGCUGGUGAUAUGCCUAGAAAUGCCGGAGGUGACGAUAAUGACAUGAAAUCGUGAUACUGGACCAUUAGAAUGAGGCAUUUACUAUAGCAUUAAGCAUAUUGUGUGUGCGAGUGUGAAUAUUUUUUUACAUUGUUUUUUUUUCCUUAUCCAACUUUUAUUUAUUGUACCAGAUUUAUUUUUUUGCAAAAAGUGGCGCAAAAAAACUAUUUUAUCAAAAUGUGAAUAACCGAAUUGAAAACGUUACAGAAAAUAUGAUUUUUAGAAAAGGUGGUUACUUUUUUUUUUAAUCAAUUUCGAGCGAGUGUGGAAGUUUUAAAAGUGACGGAAAAAAUGCUAAUAAAAUUGUUCAUUGUGCAAUUAAUUGCCUGAUAAUGUGUGCUAUAUAUAUAUUAUAUAUUUGUUUAUAUGAUAAUAAUUAUUAAUUGCGCAAAAGAUAGAAUAAUAAUUAGUUAAUGAAGGACAAUUUAAUUAUUCACUAAUGUUGACAAUGAACAUUUUAAGAGGAAAAAUAUUGUGAUUUUACCGGGGUAUGAGUGAUUUAUGAAGAUGAGAAAGAGAAAUAAUUAAAUUGAGAAGAUAAGAACUAAAACAAGAACUAAUCAAAGUUUAAUAUUUUAUCUUUGAAAGACACAGAAAAAAAAUCUUAUUGUAAAUAUUAUGUUAUUUGUAAAAAAAAAAGAAAGAAGGGAGACGAAAUAGAUAAGAAAAAUUGCAUAUAAACACAUAAAUUUA